GGCAAGGCCAGUCUUGUCAAUAAGUUACCUUCUAUGCAAUUUGUAUACGUUUUAUACUAGUGAAGACGGCGGACACGCUGGCACAUGCACCUCCUCAAAAAGUCCUCCAGGAGAAGGGCUCGCUACGCUGUCCGGGAAACAUCGCUCCCACCUCAUGAGCAGGGUGUUGCCAUUGCAGCGCAAGCAUGGGGCCCUCUCGAAACCCUCCUUCAAAUGUACCGAGGGCGAACGUUACCUCCGUAUGUAGAAGUGGAUGGCCUCUUAGCACGCUUCCACUCGACGUUGACUGACAUCCCAGAGACUGUGAGCCCUGGUGGGAAGCGAGUUGUAGUCCAGUGUAGGGGCCUGUUGGUCGCUUUACGCAAGUAUUUUGCAGAAAAGACUAGAGAUGAUUUAUUGAGGACGUGUUUGGAGAUGAUAAAGGAGCUGGGAAAGGACUUAUUGAACGAGACAAUUGCAGUGGUGGAAUCUGAAACGUUGCGGUGCAGCGUUGAUACUAGGAGCUCUGCGCGCCCGGGGCAUGACCGGCCUGAGAGCUUGUUUUCUGCCGGCUCGUUAUCCAAAAGAAAAAGGUUAAGACAGAUGUGGGACAACAGAAGGCGCUUGAUAUCUAGGCGAAGCCGAGAACUACGACGAAAUUCGGUAGUAAAGGAGGAGCACCCUGGAAGAGAAGCUCUUCAACAUGUACGUACUAUAUUCGCACUGUUGCUUACAAGUGGACAUUUCCGUUUGCUUCUGUUGGACCUUUCCGAGGUUCUUCACGCCUGCGUUACCGAGAUCAUUCAGAAGGGCGCCGACGAGAUGAACGACAGGAAGGACGAUAUUUCCAGUGUGACAGUGUCGGAUGAAGGAAUAGUUGCUGAUCAUCAUAGUCCAGCACGCCGCUACGAACUACCUUCCCCAGUGUCGGACGAAGAUGAGUUUUUCGAGGCGCCAACGAAUCUGGUUGGAGAGAUCAGUGGCGAACCCAUUGAGAAUGUUUUGAAGCGGAAUCCAUUAGUCGACUCUGUAGUUAGCUCUGCAAUUCAUUACAACCGACCUCUUCAACUAUCAACGCCAACUUUCCACCGCACGUCCCAAAGCUCAUCACAUGCUGCCAUCGCAUCGGCUGCAGAGUAUGCGCCCCCCGUUCCAAACAUACCUCCAGUAUCAACUCCAGGAUCCACUCGAUCACAUCGUUCCCAUCGAUCCUUCCUUACCUUUACCGCAAAGGUGUUGCGCUCAAAAUGGGAUGCAGACGAGUCGGAGCUGGAUGCUAAACUCCAAGAAGUCGUUUCUGAGUUACGGUACCAUGACAAGUAUCGUCAGGCGAUUGCAGGGUUGAUACAGUUUGGGGAAAGAUAUGUGAGCAGACGGAAGAGCCAAUUGCAAAAGAUUAAGAGCGCUGAGAUGGAAAGGAAGUUCAAAGUCACUGGAGAGAAUGUCAAAAUUCUCAUGGAGCGCAUCACGAACACGCCGCUUUCCCCGCUGCUUGACAUUUUCUCUCGUCUCCGAAAGUCUCCAGCCUUCCCAGCUCUCGUGACCACCCUCCGCGCUUUUGUGGAAGCUGACUCCACAGUCUCCCCUGGAACGGAUCCUUAUACACCAGCAAGUAAUGAAUCUGUGCCUGAUACACAAUCCAUUGUUAAAGCUGUACGCCAAGUGUUGAAUGACCCCGACGGGAAAGAGUUCGCUUGUGAAUUGCAUAAGAUUGUGAUGGGAUUUAGGAAGGAUGAGUACAGAAAGGAAGUCGCUCUUUGGACGGAUCGGUUAUGGUCCGCCGUCUUUGGAAAGGGGUCACUAUCAUCCCGGCAUCGUCACCUCACUGCCCUUCAUAAAGACUUUAAAAAUGCCGUCCUUCCGAGCCUGUUAAUGCGAUACAAGUACAUUCCAGUGCCACCCUUUACCUUCACAGCCAGGGGAAUCGAAGUCACUGUUUUGGAUCCCAUUAUAGUCGCCACAGCUAACCUUUGCCCGGCUGAUGUGCGGGUCGGUGUUCGAUGGGGACAAGUGGAGCAAAGUACCACUGGGUUAGGCAGCGAUGGCCAUCACAACGCGAGGCCGGAAAUAGAUGCGUUGGUGAAGGGGACGCAGGUCAAAUUUGAGGGAGUCAGAUGCGUUGUUGCCUCUGUUCCCGCCAAGAAAGGUGCUGAGGGAUAUCCAUCGUCUGGAAGUUUCUUGACUCGUAUUCUGCCUUGGACAUGGUCUGGCAGUGUCGAUGGGGUGGUUGGUGGCCCAGGUUUAUCCCUAUACAUCCGUUAUGCACCACCAACGGCCACCCACACGGCUGCCAUGAAAAUCAAAGCAACGAUUCCUCCUUCACACGCUGAACUCACUUUACAUGGUCCCAUGGGAAGACUCUUGGCGCCACUAAUUAGAAAGGCAGUUUGCAGGGCUGCGGAACGGGAGUUGGAGAAGAAAAUUGCAGAUAUUCUGGAAAGCAUUUUGGGAGGUGGUUAGUGUGGCCGUGGUCGUGUGCGUGGGCUGGUAUUUUGCACAGUUAGAUAGGGUAGGUAGCGUCAAUUGCAUAGCACUUGUAUAGAUUUCACUGAUGUAAAUAGAACAAUUCUGGA